AUGGCUGAAAAGGAAAAGGCACCCUACGGCAGGAAAUCCGGCGACAGUGAGCGUACUGCCACCAAUGUUGAGAAUGCGCCUUCUCGCAGGAAGUCCUUCAUGGACGUGGAUAUAAGCAAAUUGAGUGCCGCAUUUGAAAACCCGCUUUCUGAUAUACCCAAGGAGAAACUCCUGGAAGAAGUGGAGGUCUUUUGCAGAGACAACAAUCUCGUCGAGUACAUUGACUCAUUCCGCAAAGGUGCUCUGGUAGCUCAAUCUCCAAAUGCCACUGACAAUAUUGUCGAGCUGUCACCCGAGGAUCGAGAGGUACUCGCACGGGAGCACACGCAUCGCUGGUCUCAACCAUUUACCCUCUACUGGUUGGUUGUCAUGUGUUCGCUGGCCGCUGCUGUGCAGGGCAUGGAUGAGACCGUGAACAACGGUGCACAAGCGCUCUAUCUCAAGCAACUUAAUAUCACCACCAAGCGAUUUAGCCAAGAUAUGGUUGACAACUUGACCGGCUUGGUUGUCGGUGCACCAUAUCUAUGCUGUGCUAUUCUCGGUUGCUGGCUGACGGAGCCGUGCAACAGAGUCUUUGCCCGUCGGGGCACGAUCUCCAUCUCUUGUUUCAUUGCCGCAGUUGCCUCGGUUUGGGAAGGGGUCGCCAAUUCGUGGGUGAACCUGUUUUUGGCACGUUUCGUCCUGGGACUUGGAAUUGGUCCCAAAUCGUCGACGGUGCCAGUGUACUCUGCUGAGUGCGCUCCAGCCCCCAUCCGCGGGGCCUUGGUCAUGAUGUGGCAAAUGUGGACCGCAUUCGGUAUCAUGCUUGGAAACAUCAUGGGCGUGGCGUUCGGCGGACUGGCACCAGAUCUUGGGUGGAGACUUAUGCUCGGCAGCACUGUUGUCCUUCCAUUGAUUGUUUGCGCUCAAGUCUACUACUGCCCUGAAAGCCCAAGAUGGUACAUUCAGCACAAUCGACCAGAAAAGGCAUUCCAGUCAUUCCAACGCCUGAGGUUCACCGACCUCCAAGCGGCAAGAGAUACCUACUACACAUACGUUGGUGUUGAACUCGAACGCAAGGCCCAUAAAGGCAAGAACUUAGUCACCCAGUUUCUCGAACUCUUCACAGUUCCUCGAAAUCGACGAGCAACGUUGGCGUCCUGGAUUGUCAUGUUCGGGCAGCAAUUUUGUGGGGUAAAUGUGAUUGCGUAUUACUCCACAACUAUCUUUUUGCAGAGCGGGUUCUCGACGACGUCCGCCCUGUUAGCAUCGAUGGGUACUGGUAUCUUGAACUGGGUGUUUGCAUUACCGGCAGUGUUCACCAUUGAUCGUUGGGGGCGUCGAAAUCUGUUGCUCUUUACGUUCCCUUUCCUGGCGAUCUUCUUGCUAUGGACUGGCUUCAGCUUCUGGUUUCAUGACACCAAGACCAAAGUUGGCAUGGUCACGACCGGAAUGUACCUGUUUGAGAUCUUCUAUUCGCCCGGCGAAGGCCCUGUGCCAUUUACCUACUCAGCAGAAGCGUUUCCUGUGCACGUUCGAGAUGUUGGCAUGAGUUUUGCGACAGCUACGACAUGGUGCUUCAACUUCAUUCUCAGUUUCACCUGGCCUCAUCUCCUGACGGCUUUCAAACCUCAGGGGGCAUUCGGGUGGUACGGGGCAUGGUGUAUCGUCUUGUGGUGCUUAAUUCUCUUGUUUGUUCCCGAGACCAAGGCUCUGACCCUCGAAGAAUUGGAUCAAGUGUUCGGCGUCAGCACUCGUAAGCACAUGAGCUACCAGAUGAAGAAUGCUGUUUGGCAUUUCCGCGUGUGGGUGUUGAGGCAGAAACUCGAGCCGUUGCCUCCGUUCUAUCACCGAGCAGAGAAGCUGAACGAGGCGUGA